CGCACGACGACACGAUACACGCGACAGCCUCAUUUAGAAGGACGGGGCACUUUCAGGCGGAACUGGACUGGCGUUCAACUUUUUGAUUUGGAAAGCACUAUUUCAGCCUCCACAAAACGUGUUUCUCAUCUUCUCUUUACGGCGGAUGAAACUCGGAUCUCUCCCUUCGCGGCAGCAGCAGUGGGGCUGAAUGACAUCCCCUCCUCUUAUCCUAUAAGGUUACGGUGACUACAGAGGAAUGGAAACGAUUUAAAGACCUUUGGGAGGAAGCAAACUCUACGGAGCAACAGUUUUUUUUAAAGAUCCCAAAAAGAGAGGAUGAUCCCACCGGCCAACAUGAUUCAGGACGAGAGUGGGGGCAAAGAGGACGAACGGGACCAGCAUGAGACUCUCAACUCCCCGUCGGCGAACGCCAGCCAGCAGGAAACCAAGAAUACUGUGAGGCCUGAACAUCACAAGCGCAAGCUGCAGAGACUCAAGCGCUCCUUGUCCUUCAAGACCAAGACCAUCCGCAGCAAGAGCGCGGACAACUUCUUCCGAACAAGCAACGACAACAAGACGGAGCUGCUCUCAGACGUGAGCAGCAGCACGGGCCAUCUCUGCAACAUCGGGAUGGCCCCUCCGCACACCACCCACCUCCCCAUCCCUCCGGUCCCUCCGGCCAUCCCCUCCGCACCUCCGCCCACAUCGCGCUCCCAGUCACGCAACCCGCUGCAGGUAGACUCGGCAGGACACUGCUUCAUGGAGCACAUCUUCAAGAAGCCCACGUUCUGUGACGUCUGCAACCACAUGAUCGUAGGCACAACCGCCAAGCAUGUGGUGUUCCUGGCGGGAAACACGGCAAAGCAUGGCCUCCGUUGCAAAGCCUGCAAGAUGAGCCUACAUCACAAAUGUGAGAAUGGAGUGGGACAGCAGCGCUGCGUGGGCAAACUGCCGAAAGGCUUUCGACGGUACUACAGCUCUCCAUUACUGAUCCAGGGAAAGUAUGGCUACAUCAAAGAAGUCAUGCCCAUCGCCUGUGGCAACAAGGUGGACCCUGUGUAUGAGGCCUUGAGGUUUGGGACGUCGCUUGCACAAAAGGCCAAGAGGGCCAGCGGCUCUGAGUCGCCACACAGAAACUCGACCAGUGACUUGGAUCAGGUUCGAGAGGAAGUGGUGGCUCACAGCAGCAGGCAGGAGCUGACGAGAAAACACAACGAUGAUGUUUCCACAGUUAUUGAGAACGGCUCAGAUCAUUACCUCCAGCCAGAGAGACAACCUGACAAAAUGCUGUUGGAGCAGAACCAACUACAGAAGGAUGUCCUUAAACUCAACACCUACGUGGCCUUGUUCAGCUUCUCUCCCCAAGACAGCCAUGACCUGGACAUGAGAGCUGGAGACAGAAUCGUGUUGGCUGAUGACUCCAAUGACGACUGGUGGAAGGGGGUAAUUGAGGACAGGAUCGGUUUCUUCCCAGCAGCCUUUGCUCAUCAGCUGCGGGUUGAGGACCACGUGUUCAGGUGUCACAGGACGUUCAUCGGCUGUAAAGAACAAGGCCAGAUCACCCUGAAGGAGGGACAGAUCUGUGUGAGCAGUGAGGGCGAGCACAGCGGCUUCAUCAGAGUGGCGAGUGGAAAGAAGAGAGGCUUCGUGCCCUGCGACGUUCUGGAAAUCAUCUGAGACAAAGAGACACACACACACACACACACACACACACACACACACAGAGAGAGAGAGAGAGAUUUUCUCAUCAGGAAUUCGGAGUUGGACUUAAACAUGAUGAUGGUUUUGUGAAUGAGAACUCCACUUGGUCAGAGUGUCGGUACCUUCUUCCCUCGCAGCACAGACACAGACCGUUUGUUGUAAGCAGAGAGACAUGAGAUUUCACUGGAUUUGAUUUAAUUCAAAGAGCCAAUGUCUGUUUCUUUGUCCCUUAGUUUUCCUCCUUAUUUUUAAAGGGGACUGCCCGUCUGGUUGUUUAAGCUAAAGAGAAGGAAACAAGUACUUACUACAAUGAUUAUUUUUCAAGAUUUCACUGCAUACAAUGGCAUUCCUCUUAAAAAUAGUUUAGUUUCUCAUGCUUUUCCAUUAUGUUCCAAGAAAAAGCUUAUUAGAGAUCAGAUAUCAGAGUCUUGUGGAUGACAAACUCCUUUGAUGUCAGAAGAUGAAGAAAACAUUAGAUCAGAAUAAACAACACAUUCAAAACAAUAGGAACAUUUACUUUCGUUGCAGCCUCAAAUAUCCCUUCAAAUCCAUUUAGGAAACGCAGUCCUCAGACAGAAAUGAAAAUGUUUUUGUUUUAGGUGUAAAACAGCACAUCGGAUGUGGAAGAAUUUUCAGAGGAGUUUGACACAUUCAAAGACUCAAAGUCACCAAUUCUAAUUAUUUUCAGCCUAACAUUCCACAAUUUUAUAUAUUCCAUUGAAAGCAAACGUGAAUUUAAUUUAAUAACGAUGGUAAUAUACAUUCGUAGCAUCAUUAGAAUCAGAAACAAAAGAUACAAAUUCAAAUCGGUGUGUCAGUGGACACAAAACUGUAAAUCUUGCAUUAUGUCCAAUCUAUUAGAUUGUAUUAGAUUUAAUUUAAAUGUCUUUCUUUGAAGUUGUUUUUGUCAAAGAGUUUACAGCUUCUUUGCCAUAAAAGGGACGAGAAGGAAGGAGUGCUCUGUGACCACUAGGUGGCGCCUGUAAAAACAUGACGCAUUUGUAGUUUGCCUGUUGACUUUAAUGUUAUCGCUCUUGUGCGGUUUUCCUCGGCACUGUCGGUUCUAAACAGCUCUCCCUGUACAGACUCCAGCUAAGUGCGUGGAUGGAGAGGUGUUGCGUCAUAGUAGAUAUAGUAUAUCUCUUGAAGGUUGUUCUGCACUGAAACUUGUUAUUAUUGAAUGUCCAAGAACUCCCCAUUGUACAUAGUGUACAUACAAGAUUAAAAUGUCUUCUUUAUCACAACAA